AUGAGUGUCAGAGUCUUCGUAGAGUCGUUCCGGAAGGAUGAGGAAGACAAUGUGUUCUAUCUUGCUCGAGGAACUAGUCGUGGAACUGGCCAUUCUCCGUGGGACGAAGAAGAAGAAGAAGAAGUCGUUGUGUGCUCCACGGGAUCUUUCUGCAAUCCAACAGCUGAGCGGGACACAACGUAUUUCGUGGCUCAAGAAAUACGCAGCGAAAUACAUAGGAAGAUGAGCUCCAAUGCUGAAAGUGCAGAGCAACUCGAAAUGGAGCCCGACGAAGAGGUGUCUUAUGACUGGCAAGGCCUCCGAGAAUACAUCAUGGAAGUUAUCAUGCCCAUCUGCUCGUGCGGCGUGGCCACUGGGAUCGCCGUGGGAGCCGUUCUCACGAGCUUGUUCCUGAACUUUGUGAUGUCACCAAAGACGAUCAAGGAGUUGAUUGGACUCAAGCCAACGACAACCACACCACGGACGUACUUCGCGUACCCUCCUCCCGCGAACGUAUGCUUCACAGGGAGUUGCAGUAUGAUGUCUAAUUUACUGCAGAGCAUGCUGAGUGAGCACGUAGAACCGUGUGACGACUUCUACGAGUACGUAUGUGGCCGGUAUGCCACCCCCGAAGGAAGAAUGCACAAGACUUUGGAAAUGGAUGUGAAGCAGGCUGCGCGGGAAUGGGCAGAGGCCAUCGUGGUGCCAAAGACAGGACAAACGGCUGAGCAGAAAUCGGUGGCUCUACUGCGAGCUUGCAAGGCUACGCGUACGAACAACGUCAAAAACCCAGCGGACCUGCUAGGGUUUAUGGCGCACCAACAGAUGUCCUUCAGUGGUUCAGAUACUACUCACGACGGCUUGGAUCGCCUCUUCGGGUUGUCCUUGCACUACGGCUUGCACGUCCUUUUUCAGGCUUUGGUACCAUCUACAGGGGAUUUAACACCUUCUGGACAACGGGUGCUGCGUUUGCAUUGGAACGCGGAGUACGAGUCCUGGAUAAAUCGCGGUCCCAAAGUAGAUGUCCACUACUACAACAAACGGCUGUCUGCGUUUGGUGUAGAUACUUCAAUGCAGCAGGCUAUAAAGGGAAGUGAAACCACCGUUGGCAACGCCAUGCGCAGUGUUGCUGCAGAGUCCGAGCAAGAGGUUCCGAAAGCGAUCAAAGAUAUAGAUCCCGGUGCAAGGGGAGAGGGUCCCUGGCUUCCUAUUAUCAGGAAGUAUGCGUCGCCACAAUAUACAGCGGAAGACCAGGUCUGGACGACAGAGAAACUGCGAAGCUUUUUGAAAACAGUCUUAGCAGGAUUACGAAACGACGAGAUCAAUCUCUUGGCCAAUUGGGAACUCAUUCGUCAGUUUGGUCCCUACGUCAGCAACGAGCUUAGCGACGACUACGACGAUUCCACCUACUACACCCGCUGUGAUAAAAUGUUGGACGAAGUUGCCUCCAUGAGCUUCUACCACAUACAUGGCAUUGUCAAUCCUGUCGCGCUGCGAUCGGUGGGAUCCCUAGCAUCUAACGUCCAAAACGGCCUUUUGGCGUGGAUUUCGACAUCAACACUUGUUGACAAGCAAGCUUCAUUAGACGACGUGGCGCAAGUGAACUUUGUGCUUGGCUUCCCAGAAGGUCUCCAAACGAAACGUGACCUGGAAAUGUCUUGGUCGGUCGUGCCUGAUAUUGGCGAAAAUUUUCUUGGUGCAUGGCUUCGUAAGCGCAAGUCUUGGAUAACAUGGAAGCUGAACCAUCCCGGAAUUUUCCUGUUUCCGCUCUUUGGAAAGGAACUUCCAUUCAAUAAGAAAUCCCACGUUGUCGGUGUGCCAGCGACGGUGCUUCAUAACUUCCUGUUUCGCGAGGACAUGCUGGCUGCAGUGAACUACGCUAGCCUGGGACACCUUAUAGCCACUGCUCUGAUUGAGGGUUUCGUGACUUUCAAACCCAGCAACACACCCUGUAAACAGAGAAGUAGGUUGCUGGGACUGCACAUCGCCCACAAAGCCUACCUGCAGAAUUCCGCGGAGCAGGCAAUCCGCUUGCCGGUGUUGAGGCUGUCAUCCGGAAAACUGUUCUUCGUGUCAGCUUGUCUGAAGACGUGUGCCUCGCGCGGCGUAGACGGCGCGGAGGAGAGCGCAGACUGUCAUGACCUCGUCGAAAAUAUGCAAUCUUUCGCCGAAACUUUUGAAUGUGUGCCCAAUAGUAACAUGAAUCCUAGCAAGAAAUGCGACCUGUCACGACGACUCGGAUAAUAAGUUGCAUGCUCAAGUGACGUGCAUAUUGGUGUGCGUAUGAUUUUACGCAAAGGUGUGUUGAACAUCUCGGACAUAUUAUAUAAAUUCGACUUGUC